AUGCAAAAUCAAAGUAAUGACGACGAUUUGCAAUAUCGGAUUUUUGGCGAAUCCUUCAAUUUCCCGAUCGAGAAUAAAACAAUUGCCGGCCGGCGACGAAAGCGUAGCGGCUAUGAGUCAGAGACGAGCGAAUACUCAGAAGACUCGGCGGUGUACGACGAUGUGCCGGUUGCAACCAAAAGUGUUGGGUCGCGGAAGAAUAUCAAUAGAGGACGGUGGACGAAAGAGGAGGAUAGAAAGCUGAAGUCAUAUGUUAAGACGUACAAUGAAAACUGGGAGCUUAUCGCGCUCGGGUUUCCAGACAGAUCCGAUGUUCAAUGUCAACAGCGCUGGACAAAGGUGGUCAACCCUGAACUAGUCAAAGGCCCGUGGACAAAGGAGGAGGACGAGAAAGUAAUGGAGUUAGUUGCGAAAUACGGUCCGAAGAAGUGGACGCUCAUAGCGCGUCAUCUAAAGGGCAGGAUAGGGAAACAGUGCAGAGAAAGAUGGCACAAUCAUUUAAACCCGUCGAUCAAAAAGACCGCGUGGACAGAACAUGAAGACAGAGUUAUAUAUCAAGCGCACAAACAACUCGGUAACCAAUGGGCCAAGAUCGCCAAACUUUUACCCGGCAGGACGGACAACGCAAUAAAAAACCACUGGAACUCGACGAUGAGACGAAAGUACGAGCCCGACCUGAUGGAUAGCUUCGAGUCGCUACGCCGCAAACAGACGCGGGUAAAGCCGCGGGAAUUGUAUAGCGAGCCCGUCUCCCUACCGCAGGAGCCACUUGACAAAGUCACCGUUCAUUAUAACGAUCAAAACUGGUCAUUCAAUGAGUCUACCCAAAGUAACUCCUCGAACACCAGCCAGCCUUCGAAACACGUCCUUCACUUCCGACAACUGCUGAAGGAGCAACUCAACAACAUCCAACAACAACAAUCACCUUCCGGGAACCAGUCUCCCGACCGGGGCGGGCUGGUCGCCGCCGACGUGGAGAUCGUCGACGCGCCCUUCAAAUUCGUGAACCUAGAUACCUUGCCAACAGACUCGCCUCUCAGGAACUACUUGAGUCAAGCGUCAACAGAGAAUGACAGCAAUCAGGAUGCAGUAACAUACGCAAUACAGACGGAUUCUACGAAGGAGAUAGUAGUCCCAUCCGUGUACACAUCGCCUAAGAAACGGCCGCUGGAAGCGAGCAGCCCGCCCCCCAUACUGAGGCGGAAGGCCAAGAAAGUGCAAGUACUCACGCCCAAUCCCAAUUCAUGGACGGACACAUUGACCAAAGCAUUAGAGUCCCGUGAGAGUGGCGUGACUCCCAUCAAGGCUCUCCCGUUCAGUCCGUCGCAGUUCCUCAACUCUCCCACGGCGCUUUCAUUCCCGCUUGAUUCCACUCCACUCAGGCAUGCUACAAAGGAAUGGAGUGCAAGUCCCCUAUUACAAACUCCGACGCCUGUCAACCACGUGACCCCUGGAGGACCUAACGCCGCAAAGAGUAACACUCCAAAAACUCCAACCCCUUUCAAGAUAGCUAUGGCAGAAAUAGGCAAGAAAUCUGGCUUAAAGUACGAACCGUCCAGUCCAGGGCUGUUGGUUGAGGAUAUUACCAUCAUGAUGAAACGGGAGAAUUCUGAUAGUACAGUGCAACUGAAUGAUUCUUUAUUAUCUUCUGCCGCCGACCAAGAGAACACUGGUGUUCAGGUGAACGACUCCGGCAUCGGCAGCGGGUCGGGCGGCAAGGAGAACGUGCCGGCGCGGGGCCGCGCGCGCAAGGCGCUGGCGCCGCGCUGGGCCGCCGCCACCAGCACGCCGCACGCGCGCCCCCCGCACGCCCCGCACCCCCCGCACCACGUGCCCGACGUCUCCUACAUCAUCGAGACGCCGAGUAAAACAUUGGCAGGCGAUAGUUCAGUCAUGUUUUCACCGCCUUCGAUCGUCAAGCAUUCCUUGUUAGAAGAAUCCACGAGCUUACACAGCCUCAUUAGCGCCGACAACACCCCAGACACGAGCAAAUACGACGACAUUGAUAUCGAAGCCGUUAUCACCGAAAAAACUAAGAUAUCUCGAGGUAACGGAGAACCGAUCGUUGUCAAAAAAUCUGCGGUGCGCUCUAUCAAGUUCGACCAAGACCCUGAACUUGAAGAGAUGCGGGAGGAGAAGUCCACCUCCUUUUUACUGGGUGAUUACAAAUGGCAAACCUUGGCUUGUGGCAAGACUCAAGACCAACUGGACCUCACUAAGUUAGCGCACCAAUAUUUGAGAAAAACCGCUUUGAAACCUCGAUCACUCAAUUUCUUAUAA